GGGCAUGGGGUAUAUGCAAAAAAAAAAAAAGGAAAAAAGUUGCAGAACUUUUCUCCCAACUCUGCCGUGGGGGCGGGACCACAGGGCGGUGCCUGCACCCUGAUUCGCCGGCGGCCGGUGCGGAGAGACGCGGAUUGGCUCGCGGGCCCGGGCCGGGCAGAGCGGGGUGGGGGAGGGGAGCGCCCUCCCCGCCCGCGGGAUCGGCUCGCGCCGGGAGCGGGUUAAUUUCAAAUCGGGGGCUUGACUGCUCCAGGACGGCCACGCUCCCCUGCCCGCCCGUCCGCCCGCCAGUCCCGGUCCCAGCGUUUCCCUCCGGCACCCACCUCGGCGCGGCGGAAAGGCUGACUGAUCGCCCGACACGCGGGCUCCAGGGCCUGGGCGGGAAAGGGGGUGCCCAGGGUCCCCAUUCGGCCCCCGGCGGCUCCGACCGUGAGGUGGACUGACAGGUCAGCAGGAAGCAGAGGGACACGGCGCCGGGCCUGCGGGCCCCGGGAGCGGGCUGGGGCGGGCGGCGGCGGCGGCGGCGGCCGUUUCCCGCCUCCCGCUCUGCUGGGGGCCGUGGAGGGAGGAGCUGAGCUCCCGCGCAGAGGGGCGGGGGCGAGCGAGGGGGAGGGGCGGGGAUGCCGGGGUUCCGGGCGCGGGUUUGCCCGCGCUCAAGCCCCGCGCAACUCUAAGGGGCGGCGCCGGCCACGGUCUGUCUUUCCGCGCCAAAUUUUUAAAUCGAAGGCGGAAGGUACGGCCCCGCCCUUGGUGGCAUCAGCCAAUCGUAGGCCUGCGACCCGGCCUCUGAUUGGGCGGGAAUCGUUGCCCUGGAAACCGUGAGGAUGCUGUCCGGGAACUGUCGGGCGGGCGGCGGGCUGGCGGCCGGCGGGGGCGGUGCGGUCGGCUAGGAGGAGGGGAAGUGUCCCGGGCGCUGAGCGGGUGGUGGCAAGGGGACCGUACCUGGUUGCCUUACGGAGCAAAGGCAGCCUUCGGUGGUGGAGUCGAACCUCGUGUCGUGAGCCCGCCACCUGAGCGCCAGUGCUUCACGUUCUGCAUCUUUAAUGAAGUCUUUUAAAAAGGAGAAAUAAUCAUAAGGCGCUCUUUAAAUGCCCCGCCGUACGCCUAGAGCUUUGGGGCUGAAUUUGGAAGUUUCGCAUCAAGCAGCUUCCCAAGCCUUUACUGCCGCGCCUGUGCACGUGCGUGUAAGGGGAGAAAUUCAGGCAUCUCGAUGCAGAUUCGUAUCCAGAUACCUGGAGUCGUGUGUGCUCUGCCAGAACCGGGCUCGUGCGCUCAGUCCGGAGCCCUGCUCGGGGGACAGGAAAAUCUUUUUAUUGAGCCACACAAAAGGGGACUGAUGAAGUCACCCCUGAAGGAGUCCACCAAGGAGAAUGUCCCACCGGCCACUGACCUGCCCUCUCCUAACCUGGGCCCUUUGACCACGCCCACCAAGCCCAAGGAAGUCUCCCAGGGAGAACCAUGGACACCAACAGCCAAUUUGAAAAUGCUUAUCAGUGCCGUGAGCCCAGAGAUCCGCAGCAGAGAUCAGAAAAGAGGGCUGUUUGACAACAGAAGGGGAUUACCUGAGGCCAAAGACUGUUUACACGAACACUUAUCUGGAGAUGAAUAUGAGAAGUCUCAACCAAGUCGAAAAGAGAAAAGUUUAGGGCUGUUGUGUCACAAGUUCUUAGCGCGAUACCCUAAGUACCCUAACCCUGCUGUGAAUAACGACAUCUGUCUUGAUGAAGUUGCAGAAGAGCUCAAUGUUGAACGUCGACGAAUUUACGAUAUCGUGAACGUCCUAGAGAGUUUACACAUGGUGAGCCGACUCGCCAAAAACAGGUACACUUGGCACGGGCGACAUAAUCUCAACAAAACCCUUGGGACUCUGAAGAGCGUCGGGGAAGAGAAUAAGUACGCCGAGCAGAUUAUGAUGAUCAAAAAGAAAGAAUAUGAGCAAGAGUUUGACUUCAUUAAGAGUUACAGUAUAGAAGAUCACAUCAUCAAAUCAAAUGCUGGCCAGAAUGGACAUACAGAGAUGUGUUUCGUUGAACUCCCUGGCUUGGAAUUUCGGGCAGCUUCUGUAAACAGCCGCAAAGACAAGUCCUUAAGAGUGAUGAGCCAGAAGUUUGUGAUGCUGUUUUUGGUGUCAACGCCACAGAUCGUCAGCCUAGAAAUUGCUGCCAAGAUUCUAAUUGGGGAGGACCAUGUGGAAGACCUGGAUAAAAGCAAGUUUAAAACAAAAAUUAGGAGGUUGUAUGAUAUAGCAAACGUCCUCAGUAGCCUGGAUCUUAUCAAGAAAGUUCAUGUUACGGAGGAAAGAGGUCGAAAACCAGCUUUUAAAUGGACAGGCCCAGAAAUCAGUCCAAAUGCCAGUGGCUCCAGCCCAGCCCUUCCUUCCGCCACCUCUGAUCUGGAGGUGAGGCGGUCUGCCAAAGAGAACUGUGCCAAAAACCUCUUCUCCACACGCGGGAAACCAAACUUUACACGACACCCGUCUCUUAUCAAGCUGGUGAAGAGUAUAGAGAGUGAUCGGAGAAAGAUAAAUUCUGCCCCCAGUAGCCCUGUGAAGAGCAGCAAAGCUGAGAGUUCUCAGAAUUCUCCACCCUUCCCAAAUAAAAUGGCUCAACUCGCAGCUAUUUGCAAAAUGCAGUUAGAAGAGCAAUCCAGUGAACCCAGAAAGAAAAUGAAAGUACAGCUAGCAAGAUCCGGGCACUGCAAGCCAGUGGCCCCGGUGGAUGCAUCAGCAAAGGCUGAGCUGGAGCUGACGACACCAUCCCUCAUCCAGCCCCUGGGCGUGCUCCCCCUGGUCCCAAGCCCGUUGUCACCUGCUGUGCCCGUGAUCCUACCUCAGACCCCUUCCGGCCCAUCCUAUGCUAUCUACUUGCAACCUGCCCAAGCCCAAACCAUGACACCGCCCCAAGGUCUGAGCCCGACAGUCUGUCCCUCUCACUGCUCUAAAGCUGCCGGAGCAAAAGAAUCCACAGAUGCCUCCACCGAGAAGACCACCAACAAUACCCCGCGGGCCAGUGGCUCCUCCAGAUCUGGAAGCUUACUGCUAGCACCGGAGCGACAAGGUGCAAAGAACCGAACCAGGGAGGCACCUGGAGAAAGGGGCUCUAAGAGGUCCAGCACGUUUGAGGACUGUAUUUCUAACAAGAAAUACAAAGAGGACCUAAAAGGACUUGAAAAUGUGUCUGCGACCUUGUUCCCGUCAGGGUACCUAAUCCCUCUCACCCAGUGCUCAUCCUUGGGCACAGAAUCCAUUUUGUCUAAUAAAGAAAACUCAGGUACACUUUCCCCGAACCGCAGGAUCUACAGCUCCCCAAUCGCAGGUGUUAUUCCAGUGACAUCCUCUGAACUCACUGCUGUGAAUUUUCCCUCGUUUCAUGUGACACCUUUGAAGCUAAUGGUCUCACCAACUUCCGUGGCAGCUGUCCAUGGUGGGAACAGCCCGGCUCUUGCCUCCAGCCACCCUAUUGCCAUUCCGAACCCAAGCUCAGCCAUCGUAAACUUCACCCUGCAGCACUUGGGACUCAUCUCCCCCGGUGUGCAGGUGUCUGCCAGCCCUGGGCCUGGAUCCGGAACCAUUCCCGUGUCCCCGAGAAUAGAAGCAAUUAGUAUCGUACCAGAAAAUGCAGGCUGUCAGCAAGGAAGGGCCACCAGCUCUGACUCAUCUGUCCCGGGCCAGAGCCAACCAAAUGGACAAUCCGUCAUGGUGACAGGGACACAACAGCCUGUUCCUGUGACACCCAAAGGGUCACAAUUAGUGGCCGAAAGUUUCUUCCGUACCCCAGGUGGACCAACCAAACCAACUGGCUUAUCCUGCGCGGAUUUCGAUGGUGCUAAUAAAACCUCCUUUGGAACCCUCUUUGUCCCACAGCGAAAACUGGAAGUUUCCACAGAGGAUGUCCACUAAGUGACAGAUGUUGGCUUAAUUUAAUUUCCUAAAGACUUAUUUAAUAGAGAAGAUGUGCACAGACUGAUUUGGAGAAUACAGUCUCCAAAAAUACUGUAAAUAUGUUGGAUGUUUACACAAUAUCAAAGCAGAUACUUGUUUUCAUACAUAUAUAUACAUAUACAUAUAUAUAUGUACAUUUGUACAAGGCUGUCUUCAGCCUUUCAGUCAAAAUAAAACAUUGAACUAAGGUGUAUUAACUUCUGGGGGAAGAUGAUUCAUCAUUUCAACUGUACCUUUGCUAUUAUGCAAGUAACUGUCUUAAAGUUUACUUCCCUUUAAGUACAUAUCUUUGGCAUGCAUAGUAUAGCAUUCUCCUCAACUUUUCGCACAAAGGAAAUGCUGCGUGGUGUACAGUGCUGUGUUUUUACAUAGCAGGGCUGUCGCUCUGUUUUUUGUAAUUUCUCUCAUCUGUUGAUGUUGCAGGCGAUGUCUUUGUAGAGUUUGCAACAACCCUCAAUCAAGUCUAUGGAAAAAUUAUUUAUAAGAUGUAUUUUUAAUCCUAAAUUGUUAAAAUUAAAACUUUUCUAAAAUGUA